AUGGUGGCGAUCUGCCUUUCCAUCUUUUUGGCAGCCCUUGACAUCACCAUCAUCGCCACCGCCCUGCCCACGAUUGCCGAGUACUUUGACUCGACGUCGGCUUACGUCUGGGUCGGAUCAGCUUUUCAGAUCGCGGGCUCGGCAGUGACCGCGACAUGGGGCAAGCUCAGCGAUAUCUGGGGCCGGAAGGGAGUCCUGCUCGCCGCGGUGGUUGUGUUUUUCGCGGGCAGCGUGAUUUGCGCCACGGCCGUCAAUGUCGCCAUGGAGAUCGCCGGUCGUGCGGUCCAGGGUAUUGGGGCUGGAGGUAUAUUGGCGCUUUGCAGCAUCGUCAUUGCUGAUCUCUUUUCGCAACGGGAUCGUGGCAAGUACUACGCGUUAACUGGCAUGACGUGGGCGACGGCCGCGGCUCUCGGCCCCGUCGUGGGCGGCGCCUUCACAGACUACGUAUCGUGGAGAUGGUGUUUCUACAUCAACCUUCCCAUAUCCGGCGCCGCCUUCUUCAUCAUCUUCUUCACGCUCAAGCUCCAGACCCCGAAGACACCGAUCCUUGUAGGCAUCAAGCUCAUCGACUGGCUCGGCACCACGGUGCUGACUGGCGGCAUUAUCAUGUUCCUGCUCGGCUUACAGUUAGGAAGUUCGACACACCCGUGGAAUUCCGCCAUAGUCAUCGGGCUCAUCGUCGGCGGCAUCAUGGCACUGAUCCUGUUUGUCCCGCUGGAGUGGAGCGUCGUUCGGUACCCCGUCAUCCCCAUGCAUCUCUUCACCAACGUUUCGAACGCGGCAACCAUCAUCGUCAACUUGUUCCACGGCAUGGCCUUUACGCAAGUCGCAUACUUUGUCCCGCUCUACUUCCAAGCCGUGUUGGGUGCCUCGCCCUUGGGUUCCGGGGUCAUGCUUCUCCCCUUUGUCCUUUCGUUGUCCUUCACUUCCGCCGCCGUGGGUCUCCUCAUGAAGGCGACUGGCAACUAUGUCUGGUGCAUCCGCAUCGGCUUCGCCGAGAACGGGGCGGCUACGGCUACCUUUAGCCUGGUGCGGAACCUCGCGUCGGCCAUUGGCGUGGUGAUUGGGUCCGUCGCCUUUGCUAACGCUAUGGACGCCCAGCAGGACGAGCUUGUCGAAAAGCUUGGCAUCGCUCUGGCCUCUAACUUUUCUGGUAACCGGGCGCAAGCGAGUCUCUUGCUUGUGGAAAGGCUCCCAGAGUCUUCCCGGGCUAUCGUGCGUGCCGCGUUCCUUGCCGCCAUCAGAGAUGUCUUCCUGCAGAUGGUCUGCUUUGUCGGCGCCGGGCUGAUUGCCUGUCUGUUUAUCCGAGACGUGCAGUUGGAUGAUGCCCAUACCGAGGUUAAAACCGGGGUUGAAGGAGAGGAAGAACGCCGGCAGAUUGCGCUUCAAGUGCGGGGCAAAGACCAGUAA